AUGUCGUCUUUCUCACGAUCAGGGGAGUUGGAGAACUCUGUGGAGAGGGUUGUUGAAGUACCUCAGAAAGCAGUGGGCAAAGCGAUUGGAAAGGGAGGCGAUAAUAUAAAGAGAAUAAGACAUGAGACAGGAGUUCGAAUUGAGGUAGAUCAGAGCACGAAGGAGCAAGGAUUCAGUCGUUUUGUUGUUACGGCAGCUCAUGGGGAUCAAAUUGAGAGAGCCGUUGAGCAGUUGAAUGAGAUCAUACAGUCUUGCGAGUCCUGCGAUUUCUUCCGCCCUGGUGACACGGAAAAACGUGUGCCACUGCCUGAAGAUAGAGUCGGUGAUGUUAUUGGUCCUCGGGCGUGCGUGCUCGAUGAGCUGAAGCGGAGAAGUGGAUGUCGUAUGGAUGUGGUUGUGAAGGUGCCUAGCGGCGAGAUGAAGUAUGCGCGAAUUGUGGGGCCUCCUGAAGCGGGCUCGGGGGGUCGCUUUGACGGCCCGAUGAACCCUCAAGGGCAGUGGAAUUCGCCCUAUGAAAAUCCCGGCAGAAAUUGGAAAAGUCCGCUUCCCGCGCCCCCGGGUGCUAUGGUGAAGUUUGAAAUCCCGAGUUUUGCUUACGAAAAGGUCAUGGGCGUGGACAACGAUGUGCUCCGCAGAAUCAGCCGGGAGACUUCAACACAAAUUAGCGAGCUGGCGGGUCGAGGUGAGAUUGGCCAAGCUACGUUGCUAUUGGAAAGUGCCUCUCAAACGGCAGUAGACGCCGCGAUAAGGGAGCUGGAGGAGGUUAUAUUCACCUGUGAAAAGCCGAUACCGGGUCCUGAGGAGUCUCAGGAGUUCUUACCGAUGAAUGCAACUAAUGCGAGGAAGAUGGGAGGCUAUCGUAGUUGUGUGAUCGAUGAUUUAAAGAAAAGGAGUGGCUGCCGUAUGGAGAUCACCUUGGCUCGGCCCGAUGCUGACGCUGAUGACAACAUGCUCACAAUUGUUGGCAACGCUGAACAGGUGAAAGUAGGAAUGAUGUUAGCCUCGCAAGUGCUGUCGGGCCAGAUGGACUAUAAUGCGAUUGAGUCGAAGUUUAAAGAGGCACAUGCUUGCGGUAAAGCUGAGGGGAUACCGAUGGGACCACCGAUACAGGAUGGUGUUCGUCGAUCGGUGUCUCGUAGAGCUUCUCCUUACUGA